AGCAGCAACUUGAUCACAGCUGUGAUCCCAACUUGUUCCCAAAAUCUAGUAUUUUAUUUAAAUUCCGAUCAGAACGGGUAAGAACGAAUAUAUUAUACGCGACUUCUCGAAUCUUCCGCAGAUCCAUUGGCUCUCAAGCAACUCUCCUUCUUUUAAAGUCUACGCCUUCGUUCUUCCUCACAUUAAGAUUUCAAAUCCCCCUUUUUUGCGGCGGUUAACGUUUGCUGAUCGUUGCUCGGUUUCCGAGGAUCAAUCAUGACUCGCGGUAACCAGAGAGAGCGAGAUCGAGAAAGGGCUCAAGCCCGAGCGGGCAAAGGCAGCAAGAACAAGGACGAUGGCUUAACCCCAGAACAACGCCGUGAAAGAGAUGCAAAGGCCUUGCAAGAAAAGGCGGCAAAGAAGGCUGCGCAGGCGGCAGCUGGAGGGAACAAUGCUGGAGGCGGAAGUAAAACCAAGAAAUAAUUAUCCGAUGAUGUCAAAUUGUUAAUGAUUUUUUUAUGCUGGACGGUAAAGAUAGUGUUGUUUCGUUGACUGGGGAAUCAGAUCUAUGUGUUUCUUUUAGGGUUUUUCAGAGUCUGCCUAUGUCGUCUUAAGAUUAACAGACGUGUUUGCUUGAUUUGACAUUGAUCUUGACUCUUAAAUCUUCUAUCUGAUUUAUAUUGAAAUUGAUUUCCUAUGUAGCAUUUGUUCUUUUUGUUAAUUUUCUGUAAUUAUAAUCGAUUCCCCGUUAAUAGAACGCCAUUUCAUAAUUUUUAAUCA